AUGUACGGAUCUUCCUCUACUACUCCCAAUGUCACCAGAUCUCUUAAUGAAGGACAAUCAACUGCAUCCUCUAACCAACCUCCAGUUGGCUGGUUGGAAACUAUCAGCCAACGUUUCCAAACAACUGAUGUUUCAGAAGAAACUAGAGAGAUUUUGUUGGCAGCAUGGAGACGAAACACCACCAAUGCUUAUGCUUCAGCUUGGAAUAAGUGUGUUGGCUGGUGUGGUGAACGAGAAAUCAAUCCCUUUUCAGUAUCUUUGAAUACUGUAUUAGAAUUUCUCAAAGAUCAGUUUAAAGAUGGAAAGGCAUAUAGAACUAGUAAUGUUUAUCGUUCGGUUAGUCACAUUACUUGUUAGUCAAGUUAGUCACAUUACUUGCUCUUACAGCACUAGAUAGAUCUUCGGAUCUUGCUAAAAAAGACUUACGAUUUCGAAUAUAUCACCCUGAAGGUGUGUUCUUUAAGCUCCCUGGCUUAUCUAAAACAUCUAAACCUGGAGAUUCUCCAAAGUCUAGCUUCCAUGCGUCAUUUGGAGAAGAUAAGGACUUAUGCCCUGUUAAUUGCUUAAAGUGCUAUGAGGAUAACACCAACUCUUGUCAUACAUAA